AUGGGAAUUUCCCUUGUCGCAUUAUUCGAGAAUCGAAGCAGUUGUAUACCAAGUAACAGGUUCAGAAUAACAAGAAAGAGAUCAAGAUUUUUAUAUUACUUGUUAAAUUGUUCUCUGGUUGUUGGGUAUUUGAUUCCGCCAUUCAUAAAUGUUCCAGAUCAAGAGUCAGCUAAACUGAUUUUGUUAAAUACGAUACCAUGCCCGACGGAAGAGUUUUUCUACACUGAAGUAUUCAUUUGGGCAACAGAAAAGUUUUGGUAUAAUUAUCUUUGGAUGACCACCGGCUCAUUAGUAGCUUUCAUUGUUUUUCAAGUUGCUUUCUUCUCAACAUGUUGCUUAUACUAUCUGUAUAUUUCGACAGCAGUCAUGAUUUCCUCAAAAACAAGGAAGUAUCAACGGUCAUUCUUUUUAGGAACAAUCGCUCAAGCUAUUAUUCCUCUGAUAUUUCUGGUUAUUCCAGUAGCCACUGCAAUCUCAUCAAUUUAUUUUGAGUUCUACAUUCAGGUAGUCAACAAUUCCUGUGUGAUAUUUUUAUCGUUCCAUGGAUUCGCUUCAACGAUUACGAUAGUCUUGGUACAUCAUCCUUACCGAAAAUUCAUGAUUAAAAUUGUGACGUUCGACAGAAGUACUGAGAAACACGCGUCUACGGGUGCAUCAUAUGUAACGAAAGAUGUUCGAGCAACGAUGAGAAGGCUUUCGAAUCGAGUAUUGCCUGUUUUGCAUCUUGGUUAA